AUGGCUGGCUUCAACAAGAUAGCUCAGGCCAUGGGUCCUUCAACAGCAUAUAUCACGUACACUACUCCCCAGCCCACGCGUCGCCCCCGUCGCGGUCGUCACACAUUGCGCACAUCGGAGACGCAAUGCCGCGCCACCCAACUGGUGCCACUUUACGAUCGUCUGUUCCCUGGCGAGCCCGUCGCGCUCGACACCGAAAUGCUAAACCACGUGCUGGCCGAUGAGACUAGACACAAGGCAGUCGGUAGAGUAAGCGUUACGAACAUCUCUGGAGAGACGGUCCUAGACGUCUAUGUCUACUAUCCUGAUGAUGCAUUCGAAUUACAAUUCUUCGACCCUCCGAGAUUUGGUGUCGAGGCAGACGACCUCCUCUCAAGCAAUGGCGCAGUUCCGAUCGAGACGGCUGUAGGCUGGUUAAGAAAGAUUUGCAGCGGCCGCGAUGUCAUCAUGCACGCCAAAUACAGCGACCUGAACGCCUUUGGACAGUAUGCCAGCGAGAUCUUCGGCAGAAGCACAGUCCACGACACCCAGGACUUUUACGGCGUGCGCAAAUUGGCUGAUCUUGCACUCGCGAAAUUGAAUAAGACUAUUCAGGCCGACGUUCACAGCUCCACUGAAGACGCUCAGGUCACUGGCGAGCUCUGGGUUCUCUACACGGGGUACGAUCGCGACGCCGAGUUCGCGAAGUACAUGUGGGGUGACCAGGUACCUGGCCAGAAUCGGCAGAAGGCAUCGAAGGACGGCAAGAAGAACGCAACUCAAGAGCCUCUGGCGGCAAAUGCAGGCUUCACAGCUGCUGGUGCUUGGGCGAAGCCUAUUCCAAAAUCGAAGCACGUGCAGCCAGGCCCAUCGAACAUGACUGUGAACAAGCAGCCCGGCCCAUCGAACAUGACCGUGAUCAACUACGGCACCAUGAUCCUGGGUCCGAGUGGCCAGGGGAAGCAAACAGUCACGGUAGCUCAGCAGCAGGCUCAGAGCCAGGUUCCAGCCCAGCCAGCCAAGGGUGGUGUGAAGUCUUGGGCCUCUGUUGCGGCGACCAAGCCCCAGAAGAAGCAGCAGCAGCCACGAGUUCCAGAAGUCUGGUAA